UUAUCAAUGGCGACCAACUUGCUGAAUCAGAUCUUGCGUAUCAGAAACAGAAGAGAUUGACUAAUAUUCUGAUCAUGGUGUAAAUACCAAGCUUAUGCCAUGGUGAAACAAACCAUUAAAAUCUUUGCUCGUGUGAAGCCCACAAAAUCUAGGGCAGGGCUUUAUGACGUUGACGAAGAUGAUGAAGCGAUCCCUCGUUUGACAUUAUGUGUGCCAAGAGAUAUGAAAGAUGGCUUUGUUAACAAUAAAAAAGAGACCUACAAGUUCAGAUUUGAAAGAGUCUUUGAUCAGCAAGCCAAACAAGAUGAAAUUUUUGAACAUGUAGCAAAACCUGUUGCCGACAACAUACUGGAAGGCUAUAAUGGAACCAUUUUUGCCUAUGGACAGACUGGUAGUGGGAAGACUUUUACCAUCACGGGAGGAGCGGAGAGAUAUAGUGACAGAGGAAUCAUUCCACGAACUCUCUCAUAUCUCUAUGAAAUGUUUGAACAGGAUUCAGAAAGAACAUAUACACUCCAUGUUUCCUACUUAGAGAUUUAUAAUGAAGGUGGAUAUGAUUUACUAGAUCCCAAGCAUGAGGCAGCCAAAUUGGAGGACUUGCCGAAGGUGGCAUUAAUGGAAGACUCAGAUCAAAAUAUUCACUUAAAGAAUUUAUCUGUCCAUGCUGCAGCCAAUGAGGAGGAAGCUCUCAAUCUUCUAUUUUUAGGAGACACAAACAGGAUGAUUGCUGAGACACCAAUGAACCAGGCCUCCACCCGAUCACAUUGUGUAUUUACCAUCCACGUCACAUCAAGAGAAAGUGGAUCAGCCACCAUACGGAGGUCUAAACUCCACUUGGUGGAUUUAGCUGGAUCUGAGAGAGUGCACAAAACUGGAGUCAACGGUGUGUUGUUGACAGAAGCCAAGUACAUUAAUCUAUCUCUUCAUUUCUUAGAGCAGGUGAUUACUUCCCUGGCAGAUAAAAACCGACAGCACAUUCCUUAUAGAAACUCAAUGAUGACGUCAGUCUUACGGGAUAGUCUGGGGGGUAACUGUAUGACAACCAUGAUAGCAACAUGUUCUGUGGAAAAACGCAAUAUAGAUGAAUCUAUCUCCACAUGUCGUUUUGCACAGAGAGUAGCAAUGAUUAAGAAUGAUGUCAUGGUUAAUGAGGAGCUUGAUCCAAAGCUAAUGAUACAAAGACUGAAAAGAGAAGUUCAAACUCUGAAGGAAGAGCUUGCCUUGGCAACCGGGGAACAGAGGACAGAUGCACUGACUGAUGAGGAACUGGACAGAUGCAGAGAGGCAGUAUCAGCCUAUGUCACAGACACAGACCCUGAUGCUAUUUUAUCUAUUGGUGCUGACAUGAGAAAAAUACAAGCUUGUUUUUCCAUAUUAAAAAAAUUAGUUCUUGACAAGCCAAAGGUCAAAGAGGUAGAAAGGACACCCAGAAGUUCUCGGAUAGAGAACGUUGGUCCCCCUCCUGAACCCCCUGACACAGGACCAUACAGUGAUACAGAGAACAAUAGGCUGAAGGAACUGGUACAGCAGAGGGACAAUGAGAUCAACAUUUUAGUCAAUAUGUUAAAGAAAGAGAAGAAGAGAGCCCAGGAUGCUAUUUCUGAGUUGGAGAGUUUUGGCCAGCUUCCUCGACAGUCUUCCUCAGCGAGCGAGUCGAGUAUGGCAAAUAGUCGUUCCAACAGCAGAAAUCAGCUGAGUCCAGAGAAGUCCCGGAAGAUGUCUCAGAGUGAGGAAAGGACAAAAAAGAAAAUCUUGGGAGACAUGUCAGUAGGCAGACAGGAGGCCUUUGAGAUUUUUAGGAGGGACUAUUACAAUAACCCCACAAUAGAGGAGAACAAACUGAACCUGAAGCAGAGGUACACAGAGGCCAAAUCUCUGGGGGAGGCAGUCAACAAGUCAAGGCAGAAAAUCAAUCAUGUUAAAGGCCAAAUUGAACAACACAGAAUGCAAUUAGCCAUGCAAGGCCUUGUUGAUGGAACUGACCAAGAAAUUGAUGAGGUUGAGCAAGAACUUAGAGAUGAAAUGGAGGAAGAAAAACUUAGGUAUAAAGAAAAUUUCAGUAGAUUAAGAACACUUAAGACAGAAAUAGAACAUCUUCAGCAUCUGUUGGAAAAGUCCAAGGUGAAGUUGAUGAAGGACUUUGAAAUCUGGUUUGCUGAACAAGCUGCUCUGAACCAGGAACCUAAUUCUACCACUGGAAGAUCAGCAUGGAGGACACCCACUCCCAAAAACAGAAGAGAAGGCACAUAUUCUAUCAAUCCUGAGAGGACAUAUGUGGCAAAUUCUGCAAAUCAAGAGAGGGCACAUUUAACUUCGUCCUCAUCAGAAAAAGAUUUGAGUCACCAGCACCCAUCAUCUGGUCGCAGACAGAAAGUGUCCAGUAGUAUCACUAACAGUUUUAAUAACCUGAGACCCCUCCCUCCCACCCACAAUGGCAACAGCAGUGGGGGUGAGGACAGUGCUGCAGUUAAUGGAUACAGAACAAAGAAAAAUAAUAUUCCAAUGACUGGAGACCCAAAAGCAGAUGCAGAUAUUAUGGCCUUCAUCAAAGCCAGGCAAAAUAUUCUCAGAAAAGCUCAGUUAGAUCAGAGAUGACCUACCUGCUACAAAUGUGGCCAUUAAAUUAAACAUUUAUAGUGCAUUCUUACUAGUGCCAGAAACUGUUACUGCUACACAAACCGUCCAAUAGGCAUUAAUCACAAACU